AUGGCCGAGUCGAAGAAUUGGGGAGUUGGGGUCGUCGUCCUUGCCAUCAAGGUGUUGGUGCGGGGAACCUGGCAUGUCAGCCUGUCUGAGAGCGCCACAGCGCCGGAGCGGAAGAGUCUCUCCCAAGCCUUUUUGAACUGUGCAGAAGUUAUCUCGUAUUCUGGGGAGUAUUCGGUGCCGGAGGUGUUUGGCUGGGCGGAGGAGGAUGGGCAAGGGUUUCUUUACAUGGAACUCGUGGAUGCGCCGACGUUGACGCGGUGCUGGGGCCAGUUGGGGGAGGAAGGGAGGGUGGAGCUGUGUAGAGAGUUGGGGGGGAUGGUGAGGGCUUGGAGGGGGUUGGUACAGCAGCAGGGGGGGAGGGGGGGGUAUAUUGGAUCCGUCACCAAGCUCCCAUCCAACGACAUCCGCCUCGGCUGCCGCCCCCACCUCCACAGCCCCUGGCUCGGCCCACGCGCCGUAGAAAACCUCCACGAUAUCUGCUACAUCGAACUCAAACCCGACACCCCAGAAACCCUCACCGCCCUCACAGCCAUCACAUUCACCCACAACGACCUCGCCCCCUGCAACGUCCUCGUCAGACCCUCCCCCGGAAUACCUGGGACCCCUCCACGUGUCGCGGCGGUUAUUGACUGGGCCCAGGCGGGCUGGUAUCCGGCGUGCUGGGAAUGGUGCAAGGCGGAGCUGACGGAUAUGCCGCUGGGCGAGGGGAUGAGUAGGGAGGAACAGGCGGAGUGGAAGGAGAAGUAUUUGCCACUGGCGGUGGAGGCGCUGCCGGAUGAAGGGGUGUUUUGGCCAUGGAAGCGAUUUGCGGUUACGUAUAGCUGA